GUGCUUGGUACAGAGCGGAAGUGGCGCUUCGGGGCUCAGAGCGCUGAACGGAGCGGGCAAAGCAGCAACAUGUCUCGGGGUUCUAUCGAAAUCCCCCUUCGGGACACGGACGAGGUCAUCGAACUCGACUUCGACCAGCUUCCCGAAGGUGAUGAAGUCAUCAGCAUCCUGAAGCAGGAGCACACACAGCUACACAUAUGGAUUGCCCUGGCGUUGGAGUACUACAAGCAGGGGAAGACGGAGGACUUUGUGAAGCUGCUGGAGGCGGCACGUAUUGACGGGAACCUGGACUACAGGGAUCAUGAGAAGGACCAGAUGACUUGUUUGGACACUCUUGCAGCCUACUAUGUGCAGCAGGCCCGCAAGGAGAAGAACAAGGAUGCCAAGAAGGAGCUCAUCACCCAGGCCACCCUGCUCUACACCAUGGCUGACAAAAUCAUCAUGUAUGACCAGAACCACCUGCUGGGUCGAGCCUGCUUCUGUCUUCUUGAGGGGGAUAAAAUGGACCAGGCUGAUGCGCAGUUUCACUUUGUCCUUAACCAGUCUACCAACAACAUUCCUGCACUUCUUGGUAAGGCUUGCAUUUCUUUUAACAAGAAGGACUACAGAGGGGCCUUGGCCUACUAUAAAAAGGCCCUUCGCACAAAUCCAGGCUGUCCCGCUGAGGUGCGUCUGGGUAUGGGUCACUGCUUUGUGAAGCUCAACAAGUUAGAGAAGGCCCGUCUGGCUUUCAGUCGUGCUCUUGAGCUCAACUCCACCUGUGUGGGAGCCCUAGUGGGCCUCGCCGUGUUGGAGCUCAACAAUAAGGAGGCAGAUUCCAUCAAGAAUGGUGUGCAGCUCCUCUCCAGGGCCUACACCAUUGACCCCAGCAACCCCAUGGUGUUGAACCACCUGGCCAAUCACUUCUUCUUCAAAAAGGACUACAGCAAAGUGCAGCAUCUGGCUCUACAUGCUUUCCACAACACAGAAGUGGAGGCCAUGCAAGCAGAGAGCUGUUACCAGCUGGCUCGUUCCUUUCACGUGCAGGAAGACUACGAUCAAGCCUUCCAGUACUACUACCAGGCCACCCAGUUUGCCUCCUCCACCUUUGUGCUGCCAUUCUUUGGUUUGGGCCAGAUGUAUGUGUACCGCAGAGACAAGGAGAAUGCAGCGCAAUGCUUUGAGAAGGUCCUUAAGGCCUACCCCAACAACUACGAAACCAUGAAGAUCCUCGGCUCCCUGUACGCCACCUUAGAUGAUCAGGAGAAGAGGGACAUUGCUAAGGGACACCUCAAGAAGGUAACAGAGCAGUACCCUGAUGAUGUGGAGGCCUGGAUUGAGUUGGCUCAGAUCCUGGAACAAACUGACAUUCAGGGGGCGCUCUCAGCAUACGGUACUGCCACUCGUAUUCUUCAGGAGAAGGUGCAGGCUGAUGUUCCCCCAGAGAUCCUCAACAACUUGGGGGCUCUGCACUUCAGAUUAGGCAACCUGGGUGAAGCAAAGAAAUACUUCCUGGCAUCCCUGGAACGUGCCAAAGCUGAAGGGGAACAUGAUGAGCACUACUACAACGCCAUCUCAGUCACCACCUCCUACAACCUGGCCAGACUCUAUGAGGCCAUGUGCGAGUUUCACCAGGCUGAGAAGCUCUACAAGAACAUUCUGCGGGAGCAUCCCAACUAUGUAGACUGUUACUUGCGUCUAGGAGCCAUGGCUCGUGACAAGGGCAACUUCUAUGAGGCUUCUGAUUGGUUCAAAGAAGCCCUACAGAUUAAUCAGGAUCACCCGGACGCCUGGUCCCUCAUCGGGAACCUCCACCUGGCCAAACAGGAGUGGGGUCCUGGGCAGAAGAAAUUUGAGCGUAUCCUGAAGCAGCCGUCCACACAGAACGACACCUACUCCAUGUUGGCACUGGGCAAUGUGUGGCUGCAGACACUGCAUCAGCCCACCAGAGACCGAGAAAAGGAAAAGCGACACCAGGACCGAGCACUGGCCAUUUACAAACAGGUUUUGCGAAAUGAUUCGAAGAACCUCUACGCUGCCAAUGGCAUAGGUGCUGUUCUGGCCCACAAGGGCUACUUCCGCGAGGCCCGCGAUGUGUUCGCCCAGGUGAGAGAGGCCACAGCGGACAUCAGUGACGUGUGGCUCAAUCUGGCACACAUCUACGUGGAACAGAAGCAGUACAUCAGCGCGGUGCAGAUGUACGAGAACUGUCUGAAGAAGUUCUUCAAACACCAGAACACGGAGGUGCUCCUCUACCUGGCCAGAGCUCUUUUCAAGUGCGGGAAGCUGCAGGAGUGCAAGCAGACUCUGCUGAAGGCCCGGCACGUGGCCCCCAGUGACACAGUGCUCAUGUUCAACGUGGCACUGGUUCUCCAGCGGCUGGCCACACUGGUCCUGAAGGAUGAGAAGAGUAACCUGAAGGCUGUGCUGAGCGCCGUCAAAGAGCUGGAGCUAGCACACAGGUACUUCAGCUAUCUGAGCAAAGCUGGAGACAAGAUGAGGUUCGAUCUUGGUAUGGCUGCCACUGAGGCCAGGCAGUGCUCGGACCUGCUGAGCCAGGCGCAGUAUCACGUGGCCCGUGCCCGCAAGCAGGACGAAGAGGAGAAGGAGCUGCGCGCCAAGCAGGAGCAAGAGAGGGACCUCCUUAGGCAGCAGAUGCUGAAGGAGCAGGAGGAGAAGCGCAACAGGGAGGCUGAGGAGCAGAAGAAGCUCCUGGAGCAGAGGGCCUUGUAUGUGGAGAAGACCAAGAAUCUCCUGUCCUUCUCCGAGACCAACAAAGAGAAGAAGAAAAGUGGUGCUGGAGGUGGCAGCAGGCGCAAGAAAGCAGGCGAAUUUGACGAGUUUGUCAACGAUGACUCGGAUGAGGAGCUGCCCAUCAAAAAGAAGAGGAGGAGGAGAAAGGGUGGCAGUGGCAGUGACCAAGAAGGAGAUGAGGUGGAUAAGGAGAAGAAGUUGCGCAAGAAGAGGAGGAGAUCCUCAAAGGGAGCUGACGAAGGCACAGAUGAUGAGGCAGGAAGCUCACGACCCAAGAAACAGCGGAAGCCCAGGGAACGAAAGAGGACUGAGAAGACAAAACCGGAGCGCUUGCCUCAGUCUCUCAAAGGGAAGAUCAAGUCCAAGGCCAUCAUCUCCUCGUCCGAUUCAUCCUCCGAUGAGGACGGCUUGAAGAUUGCCGAAGACAGAAACCCCAAGGACAGCGGCUCCGGCUCAGAGGACGAGUCUGCGCCCAGGAAGCGCAUUGCCUCGGACAGUGAGUCGGACGAGGGGCCGAACCGCGGGAGCGAUGUCGGUAGUCCCCGGCACUCGGCCAACUCUGAGGAGGACGACGAGGAGGAGGAGGAAUCAGGCAGCGAGCGGCCAGUGAAGAGGAGGAGGCCGCAGUCGGACUCGGAACAGUCAGACGACGGGAGCAAGAAGAGCCGAUCCGAGGGCUCGGAAGAUGAUUCGCGGCCCGUCUCUCCUGUUGCGGACUCGGAGAACGAGGGCUCUCCCCGGCGCUCAGAUGACUCGGAAGUGGAGCACUCCAACAAUGAGGGGUCCCGCCACGGGACGGACGACGACAGUGACUGAGGUUUGGGCGCUUCACACCAUUCCCAGAGAGCGUCCCCUCCUUCUCUUCAAAUGAAUACCUGUUUUUAUAAUCUGAAAGGUUGGUGAUGCAGUAGGAUGACGUCACCGUGAUAUCUCAGUGGUUUCUUGUUCACCAGUAAGACAGACUCCCCAGUCGGACUGUUUCUGCACCUGUACCAGUUUUCCCUUUCUCCUUUAUUUCAGAGCCGUCUGAGCAGGAGCCAUUGUUAUGUAUACAAAGCUCUUCAUUGCCACAAAGUGCAUUUUUGUAUGACCUUUUGUGUGUGUGUGUGUGUGUGUGUGUGUGUGUGUGUGUGUGUGUGCGCGCGCGUGUGCGUGCGCGCUUCCAAGUUGUUUUCAGAAGGAUACUUUUUAUUGCGCAGUAUGAUGUAGGCAUGGCUGCCCUAAGUUAUGUGUAGAGAAUAAAAUGAGUUUGGCAUUUGUGGCAA